GUUUUGCUGAACCGGGCACAGGUGAAUUAACAGUCAAUUGCACAUCCAGCUGACUCGUCCUAAUUCCUCCAUAGCCAUGCCAUUCUCUCUUUAUCAGGAGAGGAUCUGCACCGGAGACAUGUAGCAGCUGAUACUUCAUCACGGCAAUCAAAUAUCUUCCGGCAGUUAUGAGUGUAGGAUCGGCGCCGCCGCCUUCUCCAUCCGGUGGUGCAGGUGGCGGAUUGAGAAGCCACCAGCAAGACGCCGAAUUGCUCUUUCGCACGAAGCCUAUUGCCGAAAUCCGGAAUGUGGAGAUCGCCACGAGGAGGCAGAUCCAGGACAAGAGCGAAGAGCUCCGGCAGCUCGUCGGUAACCGCUACCGCGAUCUUAUUGAUUCCGCCGACUCGAUAGUGUUGAUGAAAGCCUCGUGUGAGUCCAUAUCCGCAAACAUAUCCGCUAUAUACGACGGCAUUCUGCACUCGCUCUCCUCUGCUACGGCGUCCAAUUCACCGAAGUCAGUUGACCAUACAAAGGCUCGAAUUUACGGCAUUGCUUGUCGAGUCAAGUACCUGGUGGACACACCGGAGAACAUCUGGGGCUGCCUCGACGAAUCCAUGUUUCUUGAGUCAUCUGCUCGAUACAUUCGAGCGAAGCUUGUUCACAGUAGCUUGACUACUAACAAGGAGAACAAGAAUGUCCUGUCAACUUUCCCUCUGCUUCAACACCAAUGGCAAAUGGUGGAGACUUUCAAGGCUCAGAUCUCGCAGAGGAGUUGUGAUAGGUUAUUGGAUCUAACCAUUGAACUCGGCAUUGAGGCCUAUGGUGAUGCUCUGGCUGCAGUAGCUGUAAUCGACGACCUUGAUCCCAAGCAGGUUCUUACAUUAUUUCUUGAAAGGCGCAAAUUGUGUAUCUCUCAAAAGCUAGCGGGCUGUUGUUCAAAUGUUAAUGCCACUACUUCUGAUGUGAUUUUGGUUUACUGCCAAGCGAUAAAGGUAAUCCAAGUUACUAUAGGACAAGUAGGGGAGUUAUUCUUGCAAGUGCUGAAUGAUUUGCCUUUAUUUUAUAAAAUGAUACUAGGAUCACCUCCUGCUUCCCAGUUCUUUGGAGGGAUACCGAACCCUGAUGAGGAAGUGAGGUUAUGGAACUUAUCUAGGUCUGAGUUGGAGUUGAAGAUGGUACUGUUGGAUAAGGAUUAUAUUUCAGCAGUGUGUUCUGACUGGUUGAGAAACUGUGGUAAAGAGAUCAUGAACAUGGUAAACAAUAGGCACUUGAUUGACGUUAUUGGUAGUGGGCAAGAUCUUGCUGUGGCUGAAAAAUUGAUACGAGAGACUAUGGAUAGUAAACUGGUUUUAGAAGGGAGUCUGGAGUGGCUUAAGAGUGUUUUUGGCUCUGAAAUUGAGCUUCCUUGGAAAAGAACACAUGAGCUUGUGCUGGGUGGUGAGUCUGAUCUUUGGGAUGAAAUAUUUGAAGAAGCAUUUGUGCAGAGAAUGAAAUCAAUUAUUGAAAAAGGAUUUGAUGACUUGAGCAGAGUUGUUAAUGUAAUUGAGUCGGUUCGGUCAAUCGCGGGAACUCCAGGAGAUCAGAUCAAUUUUCAAGCUUACUUGAAUAGAUCACCAGAUAGUGGUGGGGUAUGGUUCAUUGAUCCAAAUGUCAAAAGGGUCAGCUCCCUUCAUGCGUCUAAACCAUUACAGGCAGAUGAAAAUGGUUUUCAUAACAGCCUCAAUGCUUACUUUGGAGCUGAAGUUAGCCGCAUCAGAGAUGCAGUUGACAGCUGCUGUGAAGCUGUACUUAAAGACCUCUUGAGCUUCCUGGAGUCGCCAAAUGCUUCCUUGAGGCUGAAGGAUCUUGCACCAUAUUUACAGAGUAAAUGCUAUGAGAGCAUGUCAACGAUAUUAGUGGAGCUCAAGAAUGAGUUAGAUCUACUGAAUACUAACAUGGAUAAUAAGAAUCACUUCAAAAAUGAGUUGGUGCCCCCACCCGCUGUACUUGUAGAGAGAUCUGUAUUUAUUGGGCGCCUAUUGUUUGCAUUUCAGAAACACUCUAAGCAUAUACCUUUGGUACUUGGAUCACCAAGAUCAUGGGCUGAUGAUUCUACAUUUGCUGCCUCCUUUAAACCGGUGGUUGUAAUGAGGAGUUCAAUGGCAGCUCUCGAGUCCAUGGCCAAUGAUCCUGGAUCAAGAAGACAUGGCUCAUUGGCAACUUCUGCUUUGUUUGGAGUUGAUGAUAGCUCAAGCCCACAACUUCAAGAGUUAAAUAAAACAACUCAUGACCUUUACAUCAAAGCUCAUAACAUAUGGGUUUCAUGGGUUUCUGGUGAACUUGCAAUUAUCUUAUCACAUAAUCUCAAACAGGAUAAUUCCCUGUCAACAAGUGCACCCUUAAGAGGAUGGGAGGACACUUUGGUUAAGCAAGACCAGUCAGAAAUAAAAAUAUCACUUCCUUCAAUGCCCUCUCUUUAUAUAACCUCAUUCUUGUUCCAUGCAUGUGAAGAAAUUCAGAGAGUUGGUGGGCAUGUUCUGGAUAAACCAAUUCUACAAAAUUUUUCUUCAAGACUGUUGGAUAAGAUAAUUGAUAUUUAUGGAGACUUCCUUUCAAUUGAAGAAUCCCAUGGUUCUACAGUCUCAGAGAAAGGAGCUUUGCAAAUCCUGUUGGAUAUGAAAAUUGUUGCUGAUAUUCUGUCUGGAGGUGAUAUUAUUGCAAAAAAGGAAUCACUGGAAGUUCCAAAGGCGAAGUUGUCUUCUAGGCGCAAGCAAGAUCAGCUACAGACCAAUUCAUUGUCUAGGGAGCGUGUAAAUUUGCUGAUUAAUCGCGUUUCCAAAAUUCUGGAUCCUAUUGACUGGCUCACAUAUGAGCCAUACCUUUGGGAGAAUGAGAGGCAGUCAUACUUAAGGCAUGCUGUGCUCUUUGGGUUCUUUGUGCAACUUAAUCGCAUGUACACUGACACUGUGCAAAAACUGCCAACUAAUUCUGAGUCAAAUGUUAUGAGAUGUUCUGUGGUGCCUCGAUUCAAGUAUCUUCCUAUCAGUGCUCCAGCCCUCUCUUCAAAGGGAACAAGCACGGCUUCUAUAUCAACAUCAAUGGAUCAUGUAUCAUCUAGAAGUUCCUGGAAAAGUUACUCAAAUGAUGAGUUAUCUCUCAAAGUAGAUGGUGAUGAUAAUUCAGGUUUAGGAAUGGCUGCACCACUUUUGAAGUCUUUCAUGCAGGUUGGCAGCAGAUUUGGUGAGAGCACGUUGAGAUUGGGAUCAAUUUUAACUGAUGGUCAAGGCAGAUUUGGGGACAUAUUACCUGUGCAAGCUGCAGGGCUUCUUUCGUCAUUUACAGUUGCCAGAUCAGAUUCUUAGAUCAGUAUGACCUUCCAGAUUCUCCAGUAUAAAGAUGUGGUUUCACAACAGGUGGAAAACAUGGUUAUUUGCUGUAUGUAGUAAGCUGAGCUUAUGCUUUUAAGUUAGGGUUAUUCCACAAUUGAACAUUUUUUCCUUUAUAUUACUAAGUAAUGAUUUAUUUAAUCUCCUCUAAAGAAUAUAUAUAUAUUUCUUAAAGGCAGUACGGCAUUGACCUGAUCUCAUCCUGAACUCUGGGAUUCGGCUUUGUGGUCACUUCCCUUGGUGCUGUGAUGUAUGUAGCUCGAAGCCUCGAACCCUUGAGGUGUGUAUAGAGAAAGAGAGAGUGAAGUAAUACAAGUGUGAAAAACAUCAAGUGCAAAUAUUUAUGGCCUUGUUUAUUUUAUUAAUUUUGAAAAGUAGAUUAUCGACAAUUUGCAGUUAACUUUUGUAUAAUUGAUUUUGAUUGAUGAAUUUAGAUACGAAGAUUCCUAGUGAAAUGGUGUGAUGAUUCAUAAAAAGUUACUUUAAAAAGUGAGUUUAGGCAGCUUGCUAGUAAC